AUGGAGAAUUCCAAUCUCAGAAACAUACUUCUGCUCAUCUUUCACCUAUUCUUCUUCGUCAAUUCUGCAUCGAAAUCGAAGGCCUGCCAUGCCGUCGACAAAGAAGCCUUACUAAAUUUCAAACACCAAAUCACUUCAGAUCCCUCAAAACUGCUGAAUACAUGGACACCUCAAACAGAUUGUUGCCAGUCCUGGGAUGGCAUUUCUUGCGAUAACUCAGGCCGAGUCGUUAACUUUUCUCGGCCGGGCCUGUUUUCGGAUACCGAUUACCCCGUCGACACCUCAAUGUCUGGAACUCUUUCUCCUUUUCUUGGAAACCUGUCUUUUCUUGAGCUUCUUGAUCUCAGUGAUCUCAAGGACAUAAAGGGUCGAAUUCCAUCUGAAUUUGGCAAGUUGUCUCGAUUGACUUAUCUUUUUCUUGAUUCAAACAGUCUCACUGGAUCAAUCCCUGUCACGUUCAGGUAUCUUUAUCAGUUGAAAAAGCUCUAUCUCAGUAACAACUAUAUAACUGGCUCUGUCCCUCCUACUCUUUUUGAACGUUUUACGUCGUUAUCUGAACUAGGCCUUUCGGGAAAUCAAUUGUCCGGUUGGGUACCAUUUUCCACUGGGAAGAUGGUUUCACUAGUUAAACUUGAUUUCCACGGAAACAACUUCUCUGGUAGCAUUCCAGGAACCAUUGGAAAACUCAAGAAUCUCGUGUACCUCGACUUAUCAGAAAAUCAAUUGUCUGGAACCUUACCAAGAUCAUUAGGUGGUCUUACAAAAUUAGUCGACUUGUACCUUAAUGGUAACCAACUGACUGGAAGUAUACCUUCGUCUAUAACUGGGCUCAGUUCAUUACAAUUUGUUCGUCUGUCAGAAAACGAACUUACAGGCAGUAUUCCACCCGGGAUUGGCAAUCUUCCACUGAUUCGACGUCUUGUUUUUGAAAACAACAAGUUCACAGGAAAGCUACCAGCGACUAUUGGACAUCUCACCGCUCUUACCGAUAUAUACUUCUCCAAUAAUCAGUUUACUGGAAAGAUUCCACCAAGUUUUGGCAAUCUAAACAAUUUGCAGACACUGGAUUUAUCAAGAAACCAGCUUUCUGGUCAAAUUCCUUCCCAUCUUUCUAAAUUACAGAAUCUACAGAAUCUAGACCUUUCGCUAAAUCCUUUAGGACUCGAGAGCAUACCAGAUUGGUUUCAGAAAUUAAACCUUUUCCGCCUGUCGCUGGGAAAGACCGGGAUCAAAGGGCAACUUCCAAACUGGUUGGCAUCGACAUCAAUAUCAACUCUUGAUCUAUCAAACAAUGCAUUGACAGGGAAACUUCCUUCUUGGAUAGGCAACAUGACUGAACUUUCUUCUCUAAAUCUAUCGAACAAUGGCUUCCAUUCGUCCAUUCCAGAUGAAUUCAGGAAUCUUUCACUUCUGAUGGAUUUGGAUCUUCACUCCAACAACUUUACGGGAAAUUUGAAACCAAUAUUCUCUAAAACUUUCCAAUUUCCUCUUGGCUACUACAACUCAAUUGAUCUUUCAUACAACAUGUUCUCGGGGCCUAUAGAUGAUGACAUUGGAAAUGAACCCGUUAUGGCUUCUGUCAUAUCACUAAUUCUUUCUUACAAUCCCUUGAGAGGAUAUAUAGUAAAAUCUCUUGGAAAUUUAAGUAGUUUGGAGGUAAUAAAACUUGUCGGAAAUGGUCUAUCCGGGAAAAUACCGUUGGAGAUCGGCAAUGCCAAGUUAUUGACAACCAUUAUCCUGUCACACAACAAUUUGAGUGGCACAAUUCCAAGACAGGUAUUGAAUCUCAAAUCUCUUAAAAAUUUUGAUGUUUCUAGGAAUAAAUUAAGUGGGAAAAUUCCCCCACACAAGGCUACUAUUCCUGUAUCUGCUUUUGUGGGCAAUCCUGAUUUAUGUGGAGCUCCACUUCCACAGUGUAAACAUUUCUAA